AUGGGAAUCAGACCUCGGACAAGAAGAGAUCAAUGUAUCUAUCUCUCAUCAUUAUCUAUCUCUCUCUCUCAUCAUUAUAUAUCUAUCUGUUUCUCUCUCAUCAUUAUCUAUUUCUCAUUGUUAUUUAUCUCUCAUCAUUAUCUAUUUUUCAUCAUUAUCUAUCUUUCUUUCUCUCAUCAUUAUCUAUUUCUCAUCAUUAUGUCUCUCUCUCUCAUCAUUAUCUAUUUCUCAUCAUUAUGUCUCUCUCUUUCUCAUCAUUAUGUCUCUCUCUCGUCAUUAUCUAUUUCUCAUCAUUAUGUCUCUCUCUCUCAUCAUUAUCUAUUUCUCAUCAUUAUGUCUCUCUCUCUCUCAUCAUUAUGUCUCUCUCUCUCAUCAUUAUCUAUUUCUCAUCAUUAUGUCUCUCUCUCUCUCAUCAUUAUCUAUUUCUCAUCAUUAUGUCUCUCUCUCUCUCUCAUCAUUAUGUCUCUCAUUCAUCAUUAUCUAUUUCUCAUCAUUAUGUCUCUCUCUCUCAUCAUUAUCUAUUUCUCAUCAUUAUGUCUCUCUCUCUCUCUCUCUCAUCAUUAUGUCUCUCUCUCGUCAUUAUCUAUUUCUCAUCAUUAUGUCUCUCUCCCUCAUCAUUAUCUAUUUCUCAUCAUUAUGUCUCUCUCUCUCAUCAUUAUCUAUUUCUCAUCAUUAUGUCUCUCUCUCUCUCAUCAUUAUGUCUCUCUCUCAUCAUUAUCUAUUUUUCAUCAUUAUGUCUCUCUCUCUCAUCAUUAUCUAUUUCUCAUCAUUAUAUCUCUCUCUCUCUCUCAUCAUUAUGUCUCUCUCUCUCAUCAUUAUCUAUUUCUCAUCAUUAUGUCUCUCUCUCAUCAUUAUCUAUUUCUCAUCAUUAUGUCUCUCUCUCUCAUCAUUAUCUAUUUCUCAUCAUUAUGUCUCUCUCUCUCUCAUCAUUAUGUCUCCCUCUCAUCAUUAUCUAUUUCUCAUCAUUAUGUCUCUCUCUCUCUCUCAUCAUUAUGUCUCUCUCUCUCAUCAUUAUCUAUUUCUCAUCAUUAUGUCUCUCUCUCUCUCUCAUCAUUAUGUCUCUCUCUCGUCAUUAUCUAUUUCUCAUCAUUAUGUCUCUCUCUCUCAUCAUUAUCUAUUUCUCAUCAUUAUGUCUCUCUCUCUCUCUUCAUUAUGUCUCUCUCUCAUCAUUAUCUAUUUCUCAUCAUUAUGUCUCUCUCUCUCAUCAUUAUCUAUUUCUCAUCAUUAUGUCUCUCUCUCUCUCUCAUCAUUAUCUAUUUCUCAUCAUUAUCUAUUUCUCAUCAUUAUGUCUCUCUCUCUCAUCAUUAUCUAUUUUUCAUCAUUAUGUCUCUCUCUCUCAUCAUUAUCUAUUUCUCAUCAUUAUGUCUCUCUCUCUCAUCAUUAUCUAUUUCUCAUCAUUAUGUCUCUCUCUCUCUCUCAUCAUUACGUCUCUCUCUCGUCAUUAUCUAUUUUUCAUCAUUAUGUCUCUCUCUCUCAUCAUUAUCUAUUUCUCAUCAUUAUGUCUCUCUCUCUCAUCAUUAUCUAUUUCUCAUCAUUAUGUCUCUCUCUCUCAUCAUUAUCUAUUUCUCAUCAUUAUGUCUCUCUCUCUCUCUCAUCAUUAUGUCUCCCUCUCGUCAUUAUCUAUUUCUCAUCAUUAUGUCUCUCUCUCUCUCUCUCAUCAUUAUGUCUCUCUCUCGUCAUUAUCUAUUUCUCAUCAUUAUGUCUCUCUCUCUCUCUCAUCAUUAUGUCUCCCUCUCUCAUCAUUAUCUAUUUCUCAUCAUGUCUCUCCCCAAUAUUUAUUUCUCAUUAUUAUCUAUCUAUCUAUAUCCCAUCCUUAUGUAUAUCUCUCCCAUGAUUAUCUAUCAUCAUUAUCUAUCUCUCAUUAAUAUCUAUAUCUCUCCCAUCAUUAUCUAUCUAUCUUUCUCUCUCAUCAUUAUCCAUCUAUUUAUUUAUAUCAUUAUCUACCUAUAUCCCAUCAUCAUCUAUAUCUAUUUAAAGAUAUGUAGACAUAAAUAUCACUAUCUAUUUAUCUAUCUAUCUAUCUAUCUAUCUGUGCGAUAG